UCUCCGAUCCACCAGUACACCGACCGAUUCUACAGAAAAUCCGAUCUAUCGGCAUUCGCUUCAAUUAUUAAGUACACGAAAAAGUUUUACUUUUACUUAUUACUUAAUUAUUUAAACCAAGACCAUGAUGACCACACGUUUCAUUGGAUCGGCAUUUAUUUUUGCUGCAAUCACUUGUAUUUUUGCUGUACCCAUUCAGCAGCUUCAUGACGAGACAAUGGGAUUAAACGAGGGAGUUUAUACGCAACCAGAACUUGCUGAAGCAUUAGCGCGAUCGUAUGCAGCUUUAGGUGCCGGAAGAAUUCAAAACUCCAGAGACGAAACACGUGCCCAUUUCCGUCAGCCAUCUCGCUUGAAUCCUGGACUGACGUUUGAAAACAGAGAUUCUGAUCUCCGCAGAAAGUCAGGAUGGCCGAUCACUGUCAAUGGGAUGGAAAUAUAUGAGGGAUCAUUGAAACGCAACAUUGACGAGAUUGAUCGCACAGGAUUUGACAACUUUGUCAAACGUAAUUUCGACGAAAUAGAUCGCUCUGGGUGGGACAGCUUCGUCAAGAGACGCAUCGCAAAUGCCUAUUUGGCAGCCAGGCAACAUUAAGCAACUACCGACAACAAAAUACUCUACUGUACUUAAAUCAAUAUACAUCUACUUAAUAUGCUCUCUACAUCACUGACAAACUUUGAAUUUAUAAUGGCUUAUGAUGACUUAUUAUCGUCAAAGUUUGACAUUUAUUUUUUACAUAAAAUUUAAUAAUAAUUAAACUCAAAGUAUUUAUUUUUAUGA